AGGAGCCUCCGGGCCGGGCUGCCGCCUCCACCGCGGACCGUCUGCCGCGCCGCUGCUCCGCGCGGCGGGCCUGAGAGCUCGGGUUGAUCUCUGGGUUCUGGGAGAGGACCUGACUGCCUUCUCUUGAAAUAUGCACUGCAUUUUGGAAGGAUUUCUGCCCCCAAAAGACAAAAUAGACCACCAGAACAUCAGGAGAGAUGGACAAGCCACUCAUCAGCUGCCACCUGGUGGACAGUGAUGGCAGCCUUGCUGAGGCCCCCAGUGAGGUUCCCAAAGUGGGCAUCCUGGGCAGCGGGGACUUUGCCCGCUCCCUGGCCACACGCCUGGUGGGCUCCGGCUUCAGCGUGGUGGUGGGGAGCCGCAACCCCAAACGCACGGCUGGGCUGUUCCCCUCAGCAGCACAAGUGACUUUCCAGGAGGAGGCAGUGGGGUCCCCAGAGGUUAUCUUCGUGGCUAUGUUCCGGGAACACUACUCCACACUAUGUGGUCUCAGUGACCAGCUGGCCGGCAAGAUCCUGGUGGACGUGAGCAACCCCACAGAGCAGGAGCACCUUCGGCACCAUGAGUCCAAUGCUGAGUACCUGGCCUCCCUCUUCCCCGCCUGCACAGUGGUCAAGGCCUUCAAUGUCAUCUCUGCCUGGACCCUGCAGUCUGGCCCAAGGGAUGGAAACAGGCAGGUGCCCAUCUGCAGUGACCAGCCAGAAGCCAAACGCGCCGUCUUGGAGCUGGCGCAGGCCAUGGGCUUCACCCCUGUGGACAUGGGGUCCCUGGCCUCGGCCCGGGAGGUGGAGGCCAUGCCCCUGCGCCUCCUCCCAGGCUGGAAGGUGCCUGCUCUCCUGGCCCUGGGGCUCUUCGUCUUCUUCUACACCUACAACUUCAUCCGCGAUGUGCUGCAGCCCUACCUGCAGGAGGGCAAGAACAAGUUCUACCAGCUGCCUGUGUCCGUGGUCAACACCACGCUGCCCUGCGUGGCCUACGUGCUGCUGUCGCUGGUGUACCUGCCCGGCGUGGUGGCGGCGGCCCUGCAGCUGCGCCGCGGCACCAAGUACCGCCGCUUCCCCGACUGGCUGGGCCACUGGCUGCAGCACCGCAAGCAGAUCGGCCUGCUCAGCUUCUUCUGCGCCGCCCUGCACGCGCUCUACAGCUUCUGCCUGCCGCUGCGCCGCUCGCACCGCUACGAGCUGGUCAACCUGGCCGUCAAGCAGGUCUUGACCAAUAAAAGUCACCUCUGGAUCGAGGAGGAAGUCUGGCGGAUGGAGAUCUACCUGUCCCUGGGAGUGCUGGCCCUGGGCACGCUGUCCCUGCUGGCUGUCACCUCACUGCCAUCCAUCGCAAACUCCCUCAACUGGAGGGAGUUCAGCUUUGUUCAGUCCACUCUGGGCUUUGUGGGCCUGGUGCUGAGCACCAUGCAUACCCUCACCUACGGCUGGACCCGCGCCUUCGAGGAGAGUCGCUACAAGUUCUACCUGCCCCCCACCUUCACACUCACCCUGCUGGUGCCCUGUGUGGUCAUCCUGGCCAAAGGCCUCUUUCUCCUGCCCUGCUUCAGCCGCAGACUCUCCAAGAUCCGGAGGGGCUGGGAGAAGGAUGGCGCCGUCAAGUUCACGCUGCCAGUGGACCGCGCCCUGGCCCAGAAGACAAGCCACGUGUGAGGUGCCUGCACCCGGCUCCGGAAGCCAGACACAGGCAGGACAGUGCCCAGAGUCUCUCAGGACUUCUCGCCUUGAUCAUGCAGGACAACAGAAUUACACACAGAUUGGUGGGUUGAGGUCUGAAUUCCUGGGACGUGUGUGGUAAUAUUCAGAAUGACACACCUGUGUGUGAUAUGUAUGUCCAUAUGUAUUUCAUAUAUAUAACAGGAUUUGCAAUUAUACUUACUUAGCUAAAAAGUUGAGUCCCUGAGAUUUCAACCUGUAGAUUUAAAAGCAAGUGUCAGAUGUUAGGAGAACAGCAGCUCACACUAUUGUGACAUUUACAGAGAGAUGCACAGACUUUUUGCACAGAAAAGGCAGUGAGAGGCUUGCACUUUGGUGGAUUCCAUCCAUUUGUGCACCUCCCCACCCGCCCCUUUUUGCUACUUCCCCAAGGCUUUUGCAGAACUGGGGCUCCAAGGUGGCAGGACAGACAAGAGCUCUGCCUGGAGCCCAGUUUGGGUGCACAGGGCUGACGAGUCUCCAGUGAGCAGGGCGUGCAGCUCCGUCUUUGGCUGCAGCAGGAGGCCAGGCGGGAUUGAGGGCACUGGGGGUGAGCUUGUGUCUGUCCUGGGUGCCACCUGAAGGUCCAUCCUUUGCCAGGUUGGUGGGUGGGAAGGUGGAGGGAUUGGAGCUAAGCCUGCUCCCCCUAAUUCUCCCUGAGCUGGGAGAUCUUUUCCUGAAAGUCAGAAGUCACCACGGCAGCUGCAAAUUGAUCCUCCUGUGGGAGUGUGAAGUCAUCUCCUUGCCAGAACCACUAAUGAACCCUGUCUUGAGAACAAGUGUAAUUUCUUUCCUUCCUUUAAGUUGGUGAUGACCGUUCUUUAAACCGCUGUGCCUUCUCACCUUGUAAAUCAUGAGUUUGAAUGUCUCCCAGGAAGGCCUAGAGCAGACCCUUUAAAAGUUGGUUCAGGGGGAAGGGAACACAAGACCCAGAGCGCUCAGCGUGACAGCCCCGCCUUUCUUGGGACCCCAUCCAGCGGGCUGAAGGAUGGAUUGUCCUCACUGAGCUGGUUCAGUGGAAGGACACCGGGGACCUCUUCAAAUAUCUUCUGCUGCUACCGGGCAGAGAACCUGCCUUCCAAGCACCCCGAAAACCACACUGGCUCCAGGUUCCUCCUAAUGCAGGGUUAUGUUUCAAAAUAGCUGGAAGGGUCUUUUCCUCCAAAGCCACAAAUUUGAAACACUGCUGCUCCAAAGCACAAGAGGCUGCAGGGCGUGUAUCCUUGAAUCACACGCCAUCCCUCACUGAUUCAUACUGAAACUGUUUUCAUUUCCCCCGUAGAGAGAAUCAGCUGUUCUCGGCUGAGCCCCCAACCCAUGGCAGAAUCAGGAUGACUGAACACAGAGGGGAUCUUUGAACACAGAGGGGUGCGGUCCUGAUGGAGGACAUCAGUGAGGCGUACCCAGGAUGGGGGUGUUGGUCACGCUCAUAUUCUUAGGUCUCCUGGGCCAGAGGGCAUCUUAGGAUGGAACAGAGUCAGCUGGCAAAAGCUGACCCAAGAGCGCCCCAGGAGCGGAUGGUCCCGCCUCCCCACAGAGACUGCGCUGGCUCAUGGCUGUGAAGCACCUUAGGGUCCUUUAGCGAAAAGGGACAAAAGAGCCAAGUGCAAGCAUAUCUCAUUGGCCCAGUGACCGAUGGAGGGAAGGCAGUGCAGGCAAAGCUGCCUGCUUCCUGCACAUGUUUUCCAUCUGCAGCUCAAAGGCUGAGCAGCACAAGCUUGCCUCCCAGAUGGGCCCUGACGGAGUGGCAGCCUUGGCCUCAGAGAGGCUUGCUGGAAAGGAGGCAGGCAAAGCAGACAUGUCGGCGUUUGCUUGACAAAAUGAGGGCCCAUCAGUUUCCUGCUGACAGGAAGCAGGGAGAACAUGGGCAGCUGGGACCCACCAAGGAUUAUCAACCCCGGUCAGUAUUGGCUGCCCUUUUUCUCUGGCCCUCCCCAGGCCCAGGAUGUUUCCUUCUACCAAAGAUGCUGACCCAGAGCCAAGUUUAAUGCGCUCCCUCCCCUUCCCCGCCCAGGAGGGGACAGGCGCAGCAGAGGAGCUGGCCACCCCCAAACUGGACAAUCAGCUCAUGAGAGGCAGGGUGGGCUGUGUGCUUGGCCUUGACCUGGUGUCUGCUGCUGCCCUUCCCUACCUCAUCAGGCAGCUGGCAACAGCACCCCCGUGAGAGCAAGUCUCUCCCUUACAGCCUGGGAAAUUCUAUGUGCCUCUGGGUACAAAAGUGCCUGAACCAAAGUGCUCUGGAAACCCUAAAUGCCAUGGUCUGAGGUUGAAUGUUUAAAAUCUAUGCUCUUGGAACUGUUUGUGUAUUUUGUUUUUACCUUGUAGAGCUUGUCUGAGAAGCAGCAAAAAUAAACACCUAACUU